GAAGAGGAAGAAUUAGUUGUUGAAUGGAGUUCUGAUUGGGAGAGUAAAUGGAAGGAUUUGGACUGUGAGAGAAUUUUUGGGGGAGAUUUUGUGUAUGCGGCAAUGAAUAAAAUUAAAAUUGGAGAUCCGUUAGAAGAAGAAAAUCUUCCGAUGGAUUGUUCAAGUAUUCAAAAUAGAAAUGGAAUGAAUAAAUAUUGGAAUAAGAAAACUACUAAAGAAGAAAAAAAUUUUCCUUUGGCUUUUACUAGAGUUGUUUAUAAGGACUAUUUACUACUUGAAAUUGAAUUAGCUUUGCAUUACACUCCAGAAAAUUGGUAUUGUUACGUUGUCGACUCGAAAUCUUCUCCUUUAUUUUACUCAAGACUACAAAGAUUAGCAAAAUGUUUUCCAAAUAUAAUUGUAGCAGAAAAGAGAUUUAAUAUUUCUAGAGCUGGGCAUAAUACAAAUAAUGCAAUGAUUGAAUGUGCUAAUAUUUUGGCUAAACCUGAGAGACAGUGGAAUUAUUUAAUUAAUUUACAGGUGGAAAUUUUUUGGAAACAAAAUAUAGAGUAA